UUAGUGCUAGCAUGCUCGUGUUCAUGGUUGUUUUCCACUUGUGAACCGAAGAGAACAUGUGUGAAUAAACAUUUAAAUAAACAAAUAAAAUAAGAAUAAGAAUAAGAGUUAUGAGUUCUCAGAAAGGUAACGUGUCUCGGUCGCGAGGUCAGAAACACCAAAACUCCUCCGCGUACAGAAACGACAAGUACGGAGCAACUAUACAAGUGAAGAAGGCAAAGUCAAAGGUCCACGACGGGCUGUGUCAACACUGUAAGGGUGUUCUCGAGUGGAAAGUCAAAUACAGCAAAUACAAGUCUCUAACGCAGCCGCGAAAAUGUGUCAAAUGCUCUCAGAAGACGGUGAAGGAUGCGUAUCACAUCAUCUGUAAACCCUGUUCUCUUGAACUGGAAAUCUGCUGCAAGUGUGGGAAGAAGGAGGACAUUGUUGUUCCUGUGAACUCACAUCUGGAUAAAGACGAGCCAGAAGAGGAACCCGAACAGACAAAGAAACCUUGUAGACGAGGGAGGAAAGACUUGGACAGUGACGAUGAUUAUGAUGACGAUGACAGUUUAAGUGACCUUGGGGAGGAUGACGAAGAUGUUGGCGGCGACUCGAGUGGAAGGAAAACGCACAAUAAGACUGCAGCACUGCCAGAUGUGUCCAGCCUUGACCUUAAAGACUAAAGAAAGUGGAGUUUUUUUAUUCUUUUUUUUUUUUAUCACAUUUUUUCUCAUCAGUGUACAUAAUGACCUCUGUAACACACUCAAACUAACUGAUGCAAGUAAACCUGUGACUAUG